GGCCGGGCAGCGGGAGCCCGGCGGGGCCGGGCCAUGGGGCGGCGGGCGCUGCUGGCCGGCCGGGCCCCGCUCCACCUGCUGCUGCUGUGCCACGCCUGGGCGCUGCCUCCGCCGCCCCGCGAGGCUCAGCCUCCGCCGGCCCGGGAGGCUCAGCCGGUGCUGCCCGCCCGCCUGCCCGCCCCGUCGGGGCAGCUGGCGCUGCGGCUGGCCGCCUUCGGGCGCGCCGUCGUGCUUCGCCUCCGGCCCGACGCCUCCUUCCUCGCCCCUCGCCUCCGCCUGCAGCGUUUGGGAGGAGGCCGGAGGCCGCCGGGCCGGGCCUCGCCCCGCCGGGGCUGCUUCUACGCGGGCACCGUCGAGGGGCGCCCCGAUGCCCCCGCCGCGCUCAGCCGCUGCGGGCCGCCCGCCGGGCUCCGCGCCGCCUUCCUGCUCGACGGGGCGGCCUACGAGCUGCUGCCGCUCGGGACGCCCGCUCCCGGCCCUCCCUGGCGCCGCUUGCACCGCCUCCAGCGCCGCGCCGCCCCGACGGCCGCCCCGACGGCGGCCCGGCCCCGGCCCCCGGCAGCCGCCGGCCCCGCGGAGCCGCUCCGGAGGCCCCGGCGCUUCGUCUCCGAGGCGCGCUACGUGGAGACGCUGCUGGUGGCCGACGCCUCCAUGGUGCGCUUCUACGGGGAGGACGUGGAGAACCACGUCCUGACCCUGAUGUCCAUGGCAGCCCGCAUCUACAAGCACCCCAGCCUGAAGAACGCCAUCAACCUGGUGGUGGUGAAGGUGCUGGUGGUGGACGACGAGGCGGCGGGGCCAGAGGUGUCCGACAACGGCGGCCUCACCCUGCGCAACUUCUGCAGCUGGCAGCAGCAGUUCAAUCCCCUGAGCGACCGGCACCCCGAGCACUACGACACCGCCAUCCUGCUCACCAGACAGGAUUUCUGCGGGCACCAGAGCUGCGACACGCUGGGGGUGGCGGAUAUCGGCACCAUGUGCGACCGCAACAAAAGCUGCUCGGUGAUCGAGGACGAGGGCCUGCAGGCAGCCUACACCCUGGCUCAUGAACUGGGCCACGUGCUCAGCAUGCCCCACGACGACUCCAAGACCUGUGAGCGGCUCUUCGGGCCCCUCGGCAAGCACCACAUGAUGGCCCCGCUUUUUGUCCACCUGAACAAGAGCCAGCCGUGGUCACCUUGCAGCGCCAUGUACCUCACCGAGUUCCUGGACGGCGGGCACGGCGACUGCCUGCUCGAUGCCCCGGCCAAAGCCCUCUCCCUGCCUGCCGAGCUGCCUGGCCGAGGGGCCCUCUACAGCCUGGACCAGCAGUGCCAGCAGAUCUUCGGCAAGGACUUCCAGCACUGCCCCAACACCACGGAGGAGGACAUCUGUGCCCAGCUGUGGUGCAGGAUGGGCACCGGGGAGCCGCUGUGCCACACCAAGAACGGCAGCCUGCCCUGGGCCGACGGUACCCCCUGCAAGGGCAGUGGGCUCUGCUGGGAUGGUGCCUGCCUGCCCCAGGACGCGCUCCAGCCCCAGCCGGCAGUGGAUGGUGACUGGGGCCCGUGGAGCCCCUGGGGCGCCUGCUCGCGGACGUGCGGCGGCGGCGUGCAGUUCUCCCACCGCCACUGCGACCGGCCCCGGCCCCAGCACGGCGGCAGGUACUGCGAGGGGCAGCGCACCCGCUACCAGUCGUGUCACACCGACGAGUGCCCGCAGGAUGGCAAGAGCUUUCGUGAGCAGCAGUGCGAGAAGUACAACAGCUACAACUUCACCGACCUGGACGGGAACCGACUGGAGUGGGUCCCCAAGUACGCCGGGGUGUCCCCCCGGGACCGCUGCAAGCUCUUUUGCCGAGCCAGGGGGAGGAGUGAAUUUAAAGUCUUUGAGGCCAAAGUGAUCGACGGGACGCUGUGUGGUCCGGAGACCCUCUCCAUCUGCGUGCACGGGCAGUGCAUCAAGGCCGGCUGCGAUCACGUCGUCGGGUCCUCCAAGAAGCUGGACAAAUGCGGGGUGUGCGGCGGCAACGGCUCGACUUGCAGGAAAAUAUCUGGCUCGCUCAACAGAUCCAAGUACGGCUACAACGACAUCGUCACCAUCCCCGCCGGGGCCACCAACAUCGACAUCAAGCAGCGCAGCCACCGCGGGGUCCGUCACGACGGGAACUACCUGGCCCUGAGGACCCUGGAGGGCAAGUACCUGCUGAACGGUGACUUUGCCAUCUCGGCCAUGGAGCAGGACAUCCUCGUUAAGGGGACCAUCCUGAAGUACAGCGGCUCCAUGACGACCUUGGAGAGGCUGCAGAGCUUCCGGCAGCUCCCCGAGCCGCUGACCGUCCAGCUGCUGACCAUCGCCAGCGAGGUCUUCCCACCCAAGGUCAAGUACACCUUCUUCAUCCCCAAGGAUGUCCCCUUCAGCAAGCAGAAGGGCAAAGAGAAGAAAUCGGCCAACAUCAUCCGCCCGAUGCUCACCUCCCAGUGGGUCCUGGGCGACUGGUCCGAGUGCUCCAAGACCUGUGGCUCGGGCUGGCAGAGGCGGACGGUGGACUGCCGGGACGUUGAGGGCCAACCUUCCUCCACCUGCGACCGAGCCCUCAAGCCUGAGGACAUCAAGCCCUGCGGCGACGUCCCCUGCCCGCUCUGGCGCCUGGGCCCUUGGUCCCCCUGCUCACAGACGUGCGGCGAGGGCGUGCGGACGCGCAACGCCUCCUGCAUCCACUACACCGGCACCAUCAUCGCCCCGGAGAAAUGCGGCUCCCCGGGGCCACCGCCGGCCACCGCCGCCUGCCUGCUGCGGCAGUGCUGAGUGGGGACGGGACGGGAUGGGGCGAUGCUCCUGACCCCCGGGGAUGGGGACACAGAUGCCCUCAAGGACGAUAGCCACUGGUACCCCCAUAGUUCAUCCCCCCCCAUCAGCAUCUACCUCAGAGGGGGGAAUAACGGCAGCAAAAAGAGGAGGAAUUGCUUCUUUUUUCCUUUCUGGCUGGCUGGGGCUGUGGGUUGAGGAGGGCUGGGGUGGGUGGUGCUGGUCUAGGAUGUGAUAAAUUUGGGGUUUCUUUCCAAAAGCGCUGCUGCGCGGGACGGGUCGGGUCGGGUCGCUGUCCCCGCCAUGCAGCAGUGUGGGUGUCUGAGCACAAGGAGCGUUUUAUCAGCUGUGGUUUCAGCUGGAGAUAACUCCCUCGUUUGGCUGGAAGAGGGAAUGAGCUGAGGGCUGGGCUAAUCAGUUGUGGCAGCUUCUGCUGGAUUUAUCAUCCAGGCGGUGACAAACCUCUGCCUCCAAACAUCCCCAGCACCCGCCGUUGUUCCCUGAGCCGCAGCCCCACCAGGAAUUCUUGUCUCGACGCCUCCAUUUCCCCAGCUCUAAAACCAAGGCUUAAUUACACCCGAUCCCACUUGCAGGGUUGCCACAAGGAUUAAUUAAAGCUUCUGCAGUGCUCUGGCUGUGAAAUGCCUAUUGCUGUACCCCAUUCCCCUCUGGAAGGGCCACUUGGCUGUGCCACCAUCCCCUCUCUUGUCUUCCUUGGCUCUGUGCGCUGCAUGCUCACUUUAUCAGCUGUGCUUUUAGUUGCAAAGAUAAGCAUCUGGCUUGCAGCAGGACCGAGCUGAGGGCAUGCGUUAGGUGGGAGGCCAGGCUAUGAGAUCGUCACGCUUCCUGCCGGAUUUAUCACCUCCAACACUGCAACCCCCCCUUCCCAAACAUCCCCAGGACCCGCAGGUGCCGAGUGAGACCCAGCCUCUCCCACCCCACCGCAGCGACCGGUGCCACUGCUCAACCCUGAUUUCCCAAGCCUGGGGUGCGUGAGGAUGCUCAGAUCCAGCGUUUGGCUCCAGCCCCGCUUAAUUUGGGACUGGAAGGUCUAAAACGGAGCCUCGCAGGGCUGGAGCUCCUCCUGCCCAGCAGGGACCGGCUGGGCCCCCUCUCCCAGCCCGGACGCUGUCUGGCCGCGGCGCAGAUGCUGCUCACUCGCUGAACUUUCCCCUUUUGAAGCAGUCGCCUCUCGCUGGACAUGUGUUGGCAGCAGCCGCUGCCUUGGGAGCUGGGCUGGAAUCUGCAAAUGUUUUGUCAUGGACAUCGUGCCGUGAGUGGAUGUCUCAGCGUCCAGAGGCUCCUCUCUGUGUGCCCCUUGCUGCUUCCCUGCGGAUGGCCAGGCAUGCGUCUCCCCCCUUGAAUUCCCAGGGGGAAUGGCCUCUCCUGUCUGCCUUUUUCCCAUGGCAGAGGGGAGUGGGAGAAAAGGGCUGGAAACCCCAACCUGGAUUGAGGAGAGCAGCACGUCCCCACUGCAAAAACACCCGGCUUUGCUCCUGCUGGCUGGCAGCAGCAGAAGGACUUGGAUUCGCUACAUCUGUCUUUCCCCAUCUGCAAAACGAAGCGGCCUCGUGGAGCUGCUUUUUGUCCAGGAGCUGCUCUGAGCACGGGAAACACUGCUGCAAAACGAGAGGGCGCUUCUGCAAGAAGGGCUGGGGGGUGAUAAGAUAUUUUCACCAGCUUGGAGGUGACCAAAUGGCAGGUCCACCUUGAAAACCAUGCCUUUGGGAGAAAUUCUUUCUGCCCCCUUUCCAAGCAGACAGCCUGCCUUGUCUGCGAGGAGGCUCCGGUGUUAUUCGUGGUGUGGAGAUGUGACGCUGUGCUGAAGCUCUGCGGUAGCAGGGAGAGGGCUGAGGAUUUUGUAGUCGACGUGGACCUCUGGGUUUGGAGCAGGGGGUUCAUCUCUAAGCUGGCGUGAAACCCUUCCUGGUGCUGUGCCCACCGCGCAGGAUGGGACCGGGGCCAGAAGCCCAUCCCCUAACCUAGGUUUGAAGAGCAGGGACGUUCACCCCUUCGGUGGCUGACCCCUUUCAAAGCCAAGGGGCGUAUAACCAGGGAGCAGAGGGCUGAGGGUUUUGGCUUGGCUCUUUUUUAGAAAAGAAAAAACAAAGGCCAGCUGCAGAGUUUGGAUGCAGAGCUGCUUGGGCUGCAGUUCAGACCUACCUUCGGGCAAUGUUCUCUGUCUGCUAAUUAAUCUCCAGGAAUUUAAGGCCUCUCGCUCUAACAAAUAGCUGGAUGCUAAAGUCAUGUAGCCUUGCUGGGUUAUUUUCUUUUCCCCUUUGCAUCUGAGAGGGUUUCAGCUCAAAGGCGAGCAUGUGUUUCCUCUCCAGCAUUGUAACCAGCAUCCAUUUAGGAUGGGUCAGAAAUUUCAGCCUGAGACGGUGCCAAGGAAAACGUCCAUAUUUAUCAGCCCUGCACAGGAGUCUUGCACGCCAAGGGCCUCUUCCAGUUUCUCAUAUGAGCUGUGCAGCAUCUUAGCCAGAGCUUCCCCUAUGCAAAAAACCCUCCCUGCUGCAGGCAAAUCCCGCACUGUGCCCUUUUUCCCCUGGCACCUCCCCGGGAUGUCAAAGGAGCAACCGCAGCUGAAGGUGCACAUCUGUGCAAGGGCAGGAGGCUCCUUGCAGAAAAUGCACCCGGUUUUGAUCUUUCCCUUGCUUUUCCAGCCAGGAUGCUGAUAGGGCCCUGCCUGGGGCUGGGGUGCGGGGUCUGGGUGAGGUGUGGGGUCUGGCACGUGCUGUUCCCGUCCUGCCUUCCCGUAGAAACACGUAGCCUUUACGCUGAUUAAGUCAAAGAGGUUAUAUAUUAGGAUAUAUAUGUGUAUAUAUAUGUUUCCCUUCAGUGAAGGAUUGUAGCAACGUACUGAGCCUCUCGUGUUAGGUAUUUAUUAUAAAUUUUUUGUUUUGUACAGUAGCUGUCUGGAAAUGAGAAGAAAAAAGGGGAAAAAAAAAAAAGACUGUCUGUGUUUUAUCAUGCUGCUCCCACAUCCCCGCUCCGAAACCCGCAGCGGUGCCAGAGAGGGGAGGUCUCGCUCCGCGUGCGGCCCCCGUGUUACACAGCUGGGGGCUCGCUCCCCCGGGGUGCGCAAAUCAGGGCGAGCUUUGCAAGCGGAACAAAUCCGACAGAAGUGAGCUCGGGACUUCGGUUGCAAGGGGAAAAAAAAAUACUGUUGUCUGAUUUUAUCUUUUUUUCUUUGUUUUUGACCUUGAGAACAAGUAUGUUUGUGACUCUGCCUUUACCUCUUCAAUAAAGGAUUUCCUGCCAA